CCUUCCUUCCCGCCUUUGGAAGCCGACAAAAAAAUACGCGCCUUCCCGGACACUUCGAACCGUUCAUUUUCGCUUAGCGAGCACGCCUACGUGUUGCGUUUCCAACAGAAGUCGUCAGUCGCUUGACUCGCCGCGAAAAUGGUCAUCCAAGUCGUCGAGAGCAAGGAGGACUUUGAGAAGAAGCUCGAGGAGGCCGGCGACAAGCUGGUGGUGGUGGACUUCUAUGCCACGUGGUGCGGGCCGUGCAAGAUGAUCGAGCCUUUCCUAAAGCAACAAUCGGACAUCCUCAGCGAUGUGGUCAUCUUCCUCAAGGUAGAUGUCGACGAGAAUGAGGAGAUUGCAUCAGAGUACGAGAUCUCGUGCAUGCCAACUUUCCUGUUCAUCAAGAGGAAGGAAAAGGUCGAUGAAAUAUCCGGGGCGAACCAAGAGAUGAUCAAGGAGAUGUUGGCAAAGCACAAGUAAACGAGGCACUCAGCACAACCAGCCCGUGUGAAGGGAAGAGGGGGAAAAGCCCGGUUUCACAAGCGUUAUCUAAACUGCCUUCUUUUUCGCUUGGCUCGACGGACGGCUUUCUUCUCGUUUCAUACUCCAGCCCUUCACAUUUAUACCUGUACUGCCUGCACAGUUUAAAAGGAAGGUCCAGUCAAAACUCGUAGCAUACAGCCAGAUAUAUAUGCCGCGUUGUUACACUAAUGCAACGCCCGAGCUUUCACAUGCACACGCAGUAUGCACAUGCGCUUGCCUCUGCUACCGUCCACAUCAGUGAAGUUGCCUUUAUCGCGCUUUCAGCAACGCCUCUCGAUGGUGCAGCACCAAUCCUAUUAUUCGCUGCUGUUUGUUAGCAUGUAACAGUGAUGUGGAAGUGUCUUUUUGUUACUUAACACUACUGCAUUCUUUGUGGCCCGUUUGGAAAGAGCCAGUUAUGGAUUAUUCGCUCAUCGCUAUACAUAAGCCAAUUGUGAAUCGUUUCUUUAAACUCUUCAACUCCGUUCAACACCAAAUGGGCAUCCUCGCUUCAUUUCAACUACCUGAAUGGGCAUACAUUAAUACAGUUGCGUUCUGAAGCGUUCGAAUGCCAGUUCGAAACAAGAGGUUGUCGUUCGGUUGUUCUUUAGGUUUGCUCACUGCGAAGCUUUUUUUGUAAAGCUAGGGUUAGCGGUUCUUGCAAGCUCGGCGUACGACGGGUAGUUCUUGUAGGUUUUGCAGCCACAUAAUCGUCGCAGUUCUGCACACGCUUUGCAAAUGAAGCGGCCUUCAUCUUGCUGUGUAUUUACACUAGACAGGAGCAAGAGUUUUAAGCUCGGGUAAAGCGUUGCGCUGAUGCAGGCCGCUUUGUAAGGACCAAGUCGUUGCUUGGCUACUUUCAGUUGUCUUUUCAGGUAGCGUUCCAUUUUUGGACCAGUUUUAAUGUUUCGGCGUACAAACCGCUAUGCACUGACAGCGCACUAUAGCUUGCAAUGCCUGAAGUAUUAUUCGCUUGUAGGGCGACUGCAUUAUGGAGCUGUCACUUGAAUUGUUUUUUCCUGUUGUUCACAGUAUUCGAAGUAGUUGUCAAUCAGUUUCCCGUGAUGCACUUCGUGGAUUUCAUUGUUUUUUGACAAGAAGCUCCCUGGUGCUGCGAUUUGACUGGUUCGAUUGCAGAGCAUUUUUUCCUUUUUGCCAUAUUUUAUGUGGCUGGGCUGUGAUGUGUGUUGGCAUUGAUUUAAUUUUGUACUGUUAAUAAAAAAGGCCGUUUUUUGCGCUUGAA